UGUAAUCCCUCCAGGAUCCCAGGCAGGGAUACUCCCAGGCCCCAGGGCCAAGUCCUAUCUUUCCCCACAAGCACCACCUGCCACGGAUAAUGCAAGCAACUACGAGAGUUGCCCUGUUCUAAGGGUGAACGUCUGAACAUCUCCCCCCUGCUCUGUGGCCAGAGUGUUGGCUCCCACUUCAUUGCAUCUGAACCCAACUGUGGGAGAAUUUGGGGAGAGGAUGAGUCUGCUUCAGCUGCAGCUGGUCUUCUGUAGGUGGGAUAACCAGCCAAGCUAAGCCUUCUCCUCCUCCUCCCAUGGAUUCCCAUAACCAGACUGAAUUCAUCCUUCUUGGUUUCUCCAGCCUUCGGAGCCACCAGGUCCACCUUUUCCUGGUGUUCCUGGCUGCCUAUUUGGCCACGCUGAUGGGCAACCUCAUGAUCAUAACCCUGGUUCUGCUGGAUUCUCGUCUUCACACCCCCAUGUACUUCUUCCUCAGCCAGCUCUCCUGCUUGGAUGUUUGCCUUUCUUCUGUGGUGGUACCAAAGAUCUUGGUGAACUUCCUACGCCAAGAACAGACCAUCUCCUACAACCAAUGUCUGGCACAAGCCUUCUUCCUGAUUGGCUUUGCGGGAUGUGAGCCAGCAUUGCUGGCCAUCAUGGCCUUUGACCGCUAUGCUGCCAUUUGUCAGCCUUUGCAUUAUGCCCACCUGAUGAGGACAAAAUUGUGCAUCCAGUUUUCUGUGGCCAUUUGGCUCUGGGGCUUCCUGGACUCCGCCAUCCAUGUUGCCCUGGCCUGUAGGUUGGACUUUUGUGGAAACAACAAUGUUCCUCACAUCUUUUGUGAUGUUCCUCCAUUACUGAAAAUUGCCUGCAGUGAUUCCUGGGUCAACGAAUUGACCAAUCACGUCACCAGCAUCUUUGUGGGCCUCGGCCCCUUCCUCUUCAUCAUCCUGUCCUAUUUCUAUAUUUUGGUCUCUAUUUUGAAGAUUCCCUCCAACACUGGCAGGCGCAAAGCGUUCUCCACUUGUGCAUCACACAUUGCCGUGGUAACUCUCUGUGUUGGAAAUGGAUACUUGAACUACAACCAGCCCAGUGCUGGCUACUCCAUUGAGACUGAUACUCUAAUCUCCACAUCUUUUUGCAUCGUCACCCCCAUGCUGAACCCUUUGAUCUACAGCUUCCGCAACAAGGAGGUGAAGGGGGCCUUGAGGAAGAUUCUCAGCUGCCGGAAGACAGCAUUGUAUUAAUUUGUGUGUGUGUGGGGGGGGGGGUUUGCUGUACUUCAUGUCUUUGAGCCCUUAGGAAGGAUAAAAGAGAACUGGGGUAGAAGUACUUUCUCAAGGCACCUGCAAAAUUAUUUCCACGAGAAGAAAAAAACUUUGGCAGUUGUUGUAAGAAUAGGAAAUAUGGGACUUUGCAUCCUAAUGAGAACUCCUUUGACUUCAGCCUUCUGUGUUCUGUAUGGUUUGUCAAGAAAUCUGUGAGAAAAAGCAACACCUUUCUCCUAGCAUUAAUUCUUUAUAAUUUUUUUAGUAUUUUUCACCAUACACCAUACACCCAAACAAACUUAAAAUACAUAAACAUAAUUCUACUGUCCCAGAGCAAUGAUCAGCUCUAGCUAAGAUAGAAUUCAGAUGAGGGAUAGGAACAGCAUUUGGAUAGUCAAAGGGCCAACGUGGGAAACAAGACAUGGACAUGGUAGAAGCCAGGAAGGUUUGCAGCAUUAAAAAAUUUGUUGUUGUUAUUGUUAAUUGCGAAUUCAUGUCCGACCCAUCGCGACCCCAUGGACAACAUUCCUC